AUGUCUCCUCAACCAACGGCUCUCUACCUCGCCCGCAUCCGCGACCGCAUCGUCGCUAUCCGCGAGAACACAAACACAAACGCGACCUCCCUCAAGACCAUAAUCACCAAUACCGUGCGCCGGGACAGUCUGGGGCGCCGUGGGGAAGCCGCUCGCCAGACACUUGCGGCGUCUUUAGGUGAAUACUAUGAUGGAUCACAGGAGUCAGAACACGACCUGAGGGAUUUAAGUCCAGUGGGGGACCAUUUGAAUGGCUGGGAUGAAGAAGAUGGAGAGCAAGACUGGGACGUGAGGUCCGAUAGUAUGGAGCCCCUGAGAGAUAGAGAGGGAGAAGAAAUCGAUGACGGCGAUGACGAAUACGAAGAAGAAAGAGAAGACUGGGAACUUGAUAUGGACAGAGAGCAUGAGCGGUAUAUGGAGGUUGACCGCAGUAUGAGCUUCGAGAGCCUUAUCGCAGAAGAAAGGUUCACGAAUGGAGAGGUGGAGAGCGAAAUGUAUGUCGCCUAUCAUAGUAUGAAUAGUAGGGCGAUGAGAAAGAUGAGGUUACAUGAGGUGGAGAGGAUGUAUCAGAGUGGGGGGACGUAUUCUACGGUCAAUAAGACGAAAAGAAGCGAGAUGCAAGACAUGCUCCAAAAGUACAGCGAGGAAGUGCCGAAUUUCAGAAGACAAGAUGACGAGGACGACGUUGUUUCAACCCCCUACCCUGAAGACGACGACCUCAUACCACUUACCUACCAACCCAACCACGGAUCACUUCCAACCCCCAACGAUACUAACAAAGUAAAUACAAACUCCUCGUCCGAACUAUCAAUAUUGACAAACCUUUACCCCGAAGACGCUCCAACCACCCAACCCCAACCCCCUCCACCCACACAAUCCCCACACUCUAUCAAUCGCAACACCACGCCUUCUACGAACCGGUCAUAUUUCCCUAUAUACCCUUCAAACCGUACGAUAUCGCCCAUCUCACUGUUCGUCGCAUCGCGCCACGUCCCAUUCCCCGUCUCCCCCUCAUCUACAAGAAGUCACGUACAGUUCCCCAUUGAAUCGGGCGCCUGUGCACACAACAACGAUGUAGAAGAGAGAGAAUAUGCUCCAACUCAUCCUUACUACGAUAUGAACCAACAAGAGACCCAGGAAUACUGGCAUGGUCUGCAACGUUAUAACACGGAGAGUGAGCGGCAUCUGAGGCGAGGGGAGGCACCCACGAACCGCAGACAACGCUCUGCAUCCUCGCCCGUCCAACACCGUGAUGAACGUACUCUUGAAUCCGCAGGAGGGGAAUACGAACACCAUGUAGGUGAUGCACUAGAAGGCGAGCAAGGGGGACAGGCUGGUGAGAAAAAGGUGAAUUUAGUGGGACGAUUGUUAAGCACUCUCACAUGUCGGCCUGGUGCCGUUUCGCCGAAUGAUGCUGCUGUGCCUGUCAAACAUGACCAGACUGUCGGAAUGGUAUCUAUUGUACCAAGAAAGUAUGCGAUGGCCUUUCUGUCCAGGAAGACAGGUCGAACGCAAAGGAAUGAAGAAGAAGAAGAAGCGAGACUUAGGGAAAGAUCUCUCGGGUUACAAAUACCUCCGCCUCACGAAAAGACGACUCGGGAUACUGGAAAUACCAGUAGGAUUAGAGAAGAGGCUCAACAGACCCCAAGAGCCAAGAGAGGACACGAGGACAAACAGUCAAGAUCGAAACCUCGAGUCGUCAACGUGGGAAGUCAAACGCCAAGUGUUAUUGGCCCGCCCGUUGACCUCUCGAAGAUGAUACAGCGCGCACCCGAGAGCAUCAGAACGUCGUCGCCAUCACCCGGAUCAGAUGCUGAGCCUCUAAGGAUGAACGUUGAGCGUGUACCUAGACAAGCACACUCGGACUCGAGCUCAAGUCUCAGCGACCGUUUACGGAAGACGAAGCUUGAAGAUUUACCUCUCCGCUUUGGAGCAGCAGAGGAGAUACGCAAUCUGAUGCUUACUCUUGAGAGAGAUCAAAACGGGUCAACCAAUAUCCCAAUUCAACAUGAAGAUAGACUAUCAGGUGGUGUCAAUUCAACCACUAAACUACAUACUGGACAGGCAAACGAACUACCCGGUGGUUUCUCACGCCCAGAAAACCGCCAAGCCAACAGGCAAUAUGCUCAGCGUGUCCGCGCUGCCAAAUCACAUUCGAGCAAUCUUACUCUACCGCCGAAUUUCCGCGCACCAGAGAUACAUGCUGAUUCGCCAUCUAUUUCACUGGAGCCGAGUCGUUUCAUGAAGCUGGCUAGUGCUGAGGAUACUGGUGGCAUGAAUUUGGUGGAAGAAGACGAUGAUAUGGAUAACAGUACUGAGAAGCAGUAUGAUGAUAUUGAAGACGACGUUGGCAUGGAUGAUAGUGCUGAGUAG